AGCAUGCCAGCAUACAUCGAAAUAACAGGCCGACGCCCGCUUCCGACGCGAGGGGCUAAAUAAUUUUUAACAAGUGUAAUUUUUAAUAUUGAGUUAGGGAAUAGUGUUUUUUCAAUCAACCGUGUGACAGUUCCGCCUUUCGAAAUAGAAUUUCGAAAAUGUCGAGUAAUUUAAUUAUCGCUACCGCGAUAUUGACAGUUUUUUCAUCGCUCCAUGGAACAAACGGUCAAUUCAUCAGUCAAUAUGAAAACAAUAAUGUUACUUGGUGCACUGUAUCAAAAGCGGAACAGGAUAAAUGUAUGGCAUUCAAGCAAGCGGUCGAAAGGGACAGAGGACACUUUGGACCCUACUACAUUUCUUUAGAAUGUAAACAGGCGUUUAACAAAGAAGAGUGCAUGACUAUGCUCGAUCUUGAAAAAGCACACUUGACUACCCUCGAUCCUGGCGAAGUUUUCACUGCUGGCCGGUAUCACAGUUUAGUCCCCUUUAUGCAGGAGCGUUACACCAACAACAGCAUCAAUUAUCAGUAUGCUGUAGCUGUUAUUAAGAAAGGAUCACUGCCAGAUGUUACAAGUUUGUACAACUUGAGAGGAAAAAAGGCUUGUUUCGCAGGUGUUGGCACUCUCGCUGGUUGGACAAUUCCGUUGGAUGUGCUCAUGCGACAAGGCGGUUUGGAAGUAAUUGAUUGCAACAAUCACGUUAAAUCAACAAUAAAUUAUUUUGGACCAAGUUGUGCGGUAAAUUCACUCAUGGAUCAUUACAAUCCCUUGGGUGAUAAUUCGGACCAAUUAUGCAAACUCUGCAUUGGCAAAAUACCCGGUGGAUGGUGCACGAACGACGAUCCUUAUGCGGGAUACGAAGGUGCUUUCAGAUGUUUGCUCGAAGCUGGAGAAAUCGCUUUUCUCGUUCAUACAACCGUCUCCGAAAUGACAUCGACAAAUUUCGACUUGAAUUCUGUGACGAAGGAUCAAUUCGAAUUACUCUGUCGCAAUGGAACGCGCGGAAGAAUAGAUGAUUUUGAAAGCUGUAAUUGGGGAAAAGUACCAUCGCGUGCAAUUGUCACUUCCUCAGCUCGCGACUUUCAAACUCUACAGCUUUAUUCCAAAUUCUUGGAAAACGCUGUUCUUCUUUUCGGCAAAAACAAUUAUGCCAACAAUGGCACGGAUCCCUACGACAACCGUCGCGGCUAUGGAGAUAAUCGUCCGACGUUCGAGGAUCACAAUUAUGAAAACGGUUACGGCACUCGUAACGAUAACUGGAACAAUGAAAAUGCCUUCGAUGAUGAAUACAGAGAGAAUAACGAUCGUGAAUCUACACAAGAACCCAGCUACAAUGCCCAUGGAUACGAUUUUUCCGACGAUAAAAAUCGCGGUGAAAAUCCUUCGUAUAUACAGCCCAUUGAGACGUUCCACAUGUUCGAAUCUGCACCUAAAUUUGGAUUGCACCACAAUUUACUGUUUUCGGACACUGCCACCGGUUUCUUAAAAAUCAAACAGCCGGAUCAAACGUAUGAAAAGUUUUUGGGGCGUGCUUUGGACACUAUAAUGGCUGUCAGACGUUGCCCAGUGCCCUCCGUGACUCUGUGCGUCACGUCCGAUCCCGAAAUGGAAAAGUGUAAAAAAAUGAAAAUCGCUAUGAGAGCUCAACUGUUGCAGCCUGAGUUGUUUUGUCACAAAGCUCACAGCCAAAUAAAUUGCAUGCAAGCUAUACAAAAUGGUAACGCCGACAUAACAGUCCUGGAUGCGAGUGACGUUUACACAGCGGGAUUGCGGUUUGGUCAGGUGCCCAUUAUGUCGGAAGUGUACAACCUUGGUACACCGGAUUAUUACGUAGUUGCAGUGGCUAAAGAGUCCGACGAGAAGACUGAAUUGACGUAUUUGAAGAACAAAUAUACGUGUCACACGGGAAUAAAUACGGCGGCGGGUUGGAUUUAUCCAUUGGCUUAUCUACUGUCGAACGGUUGGAUCAGAGGUUACGGUUGUGAUUCGGUGCGAGCAGCGGCUGAGUACUUCACGAAAUCGUGCAUUCCUGGUGCCCUGAGCUUGGAGUACAACACCGGAGUGCCUUACGACAACAUGUGCGACCUUUGUCACGGUGUAACUUAUCGUUACUGUCGUCGUGACGCAUCCGAAGACUAUUACGGGCACACAGGAGCGUUCAGGUGUCUUGUCGAGGGUGGCGGGGACGUUGCAUUCGUCAAACACACAACAGUGAACGAGAACACGAACGGGAAACGUAAGGAAUUUUGGGCGAGAAAUACGUUCACGAAAGACUUCGAGCUCUUGUGUCCUGACGGUACGAGACGACCGAGUUGGGAUUACCCAAACUGCAACAUCGGCAAAGUUAAGGCGAACGCGAUGAUCGCCCGCGGUGGAUAUUAUGGUUACAACCAAACGGAGAUUAAUUCAUACAUCAAUUUAUUCACCUACGCAGAACAAUUUUACGGACGAAAAUACGAGGAUGAAUUCAGCUUCAGUAUGUUCUCGAGCGCCCCUCCCUACAGCGAUUUAAUUUUUCAAGAUGCCACGCAACAGUUGAUCGCUAUUCCUCAUGAACAAAGAGAAUACAGCGCAUAUCUCGGCCCCGAUUUCAUGAGAGCUCGGAGGAUCGUCGACUGCGAUGCCGGAGCAUCAGCUCUCGAGCUCUCCCUCAUUACUGUCCUCACCACCCUCCUAUUGACGCUAAACUCCUUCCGAUGAAUCAUUCGAAUCUCAAAUUCAGGAAAAUUUUUUCUUAACGUUGUAAAUAUUUUUAUUAUUUUACAAUCAUGCCGAUCGCUCUAUGAAAUUCUCUGUUUUAUAACCGAGAACUCUGGAUCGAAACUUUGAGACGUUAUGCAAAAGUAAGCUGCAGAAACGAAUUUCUGCGUGGGUCAAAUAUUAUGUGUUCAACACGUAGAAUAGUACAAAUUACCUGAGAACGCCACGCGUUAAUGAGUAAACUCAAAAGAAAACAAAAGACAUGGAAUCUCAUGUGCAACUAAUUUAGAAACAGUGCCUUGGCUAUCUUCGAGUAAUAUUUCGAAAACGACUUUUUAAUUUGAAAAAAUCGAUCGAAAUUCGACGAUUUUUUAGAAAAUUCGUCGAAUCUCUUUUUAUUAAGUCGAGCAAUUACUUGUUUUUCUCGAAUCCGUCCAUUUUUCGACUUUUUCUAUUAUAUACCAAACUGACUAAACAUUAUUGAAUUUUAUAUAUCAAUAUAUAUAUAUACGUUAUAUGUACUGCUUAUAUUUAUAGCAUUUUAUACAUAGAAAUCAAACCGUCCAUU